UUGAAACUGGUGACCGGAAGUCUAACGGACUAGACUCGAGACCUUUCUACACGCGAGACCUCCGCGAAGCGCCGCUUUCGCAACAGAACGGGAGCCGUGCCGGCGCGGCGUCCGUCACGUGGCUAAAUAUAGCCGGUCGAGGCUUUCAGUCCGCCGGUCAGAUACGUGACACCGAGAGGCGCCGGUACCGGGACAAAGGUCAGCGGGCCGCGUGACUCGCGCCCGCCGGGAAGAAGUUUCGCUUCUCCGUUAGGUUUUCUCGGAUGUCUUGUUCCUGAAAACGCCCCUUUGUUGUUUUCAGGGACGCUCGGUCACCGGAAGCGAAGUUUUACACUUCUUGGUUUGAGUCAACUGCGCAAUAAGUUCUGAACUCUCCGGCUGUUGUUGUUGUUGUUGUUGUUGCGUCCCGUGUGAGCAGCUGACUCGCCGACUGGAAGGCCGGGGACGCACUGGAUCACUGCGAUGUCCUCAGUACCCGGUGCUGGCUAGAUCCUCCAUGGGUUGAACCUCAUGGUCUGAAGAUGAUCGGGUCUCCGGACCUGCUGGCCUUCACCGGCACUGAGGGGUUCGGGGAAGAGGACCGGGAGGGUCUACCUGAAGAACUCUCGGUCCCCCUUUUACCUCCAUCCAACCCCUGGACCUCCUCCGCCCAGUUCCACAGAGACUUCAUAUUGGUGGCUGAAUUCUCUGAGCAGGUGGGACCCAGACCGGUACUGACGAUACCGGACGCCCCCGAGGUCAUCGGGUCGUUUGACCUCAACCACUUCUCCGUCCGCCUCAUGUCCGUGGACUACCAGGCGUCCGGCCCCUGCCAGACCCCUCCCACAUCCCCCGGGCCGCGCCUCAACUUCAGCGAGGACUCCAAAGUGGUCCUGGGAGAUUCGGCGGAGGACGCGUUCGCGUACGUCCACCACGUGACCCUGUACGACCUGGAGGCCCGGGGCAUGGUGCGUCCCUUCUGCAUGGCGUACGUGUGCUCGGACCGGACGAAGCUGAUGGAGAACUUCUCUGAACUGUCGACGGGCUUCUCUAAGGCCUCCGAAAGCCUCAAGACGGGCAACAGACAGGCGUUUUCCAUGGAGCUGCAGAGAAGAUUACAGGAGCUCGAGUACACAAGGUUGACUCUGCUGCAGGUGACGGAACCUCCGAUGGCGACCAAUGGGUUCGCGGUGGGGGGAGAAAAGGCAGAUGAGCUUGAAGCCGUAGAGCAUUCAAUCUUGCAUCACAGAGACCUCGUCCGCCAGGUCACUUCCUACCCAAACAGGAAGCUGAAACAACCUGACUUCCUGCCUUACGACCCGGCCGACUACUCCCUCGCUGAUCCGAUUGCGCUACUGCCUCCUGAGCGCGGCCCCUCCUCCUCCUCCUCCGCCUCCUGCCGGUCUGAGCGCCGCUUGAAGCCUCUGGAGGAGCUUUGCCACGACUACUUCCUGACACUGAUGAAGGAGCAGCUCGCCGACACGGAGCGCCGCCUGCGCGGCAACAGGAGCUCGCUGCGCACCGCUCGUGUCACGCGGUCGUUGUCCAGGAGGAUCACGCUCAUCAACUUCCUGUUCGACUUGUGGCGCCCGGAGGACGGGGAUGAGGAGGAGAGGGAGAGCGCCGAGGCGGAGCCGCAGAGGGCGACGGCGAGUGAGAGCGCCGUCGAGGCGUUUCAAUCGGAACCAAAGAGCCUGGAGUCAUUCUUCUCCUGCGUGGAGGAGAUCUCCAUCAAACUGGAGGCGGGAGACGCCGGAACAGUGACCCCUGACCCUGACGUUGCCACGGAGAUGACGGGAAGCGUGAGCAGCGGCGACAGCAUUGAAGUGCUCGGGACUGAGAAGUCCUACCGGACGCAGCAUGGCGGCGCCGGAUCUGACAGCAGAGAAACGCCGGUUGGGAUGACGGACACCUAUUGCAGGCGAGCCGCCGCAGAUUCUGGCGUCAGAAGCGGGCGAACGUACGCCAGACGAGCCAACAGCGACGACAGCAUCGAGGUACUCAGUACCACCGAGUCCAUCUUUCCGGACGACCUCACCGCCAUCACAGAGGAGGAGGCGGAGCACCAGCCUCUGAGCAACGGCUUUGAGGAGGAGGAGGAGGAGGAGGAGACGCGGGCCGAGUGUGGAUCUGACAAUGUCCUCAAAGAGGAGAAGGCACCGGAUGCAGCUACCUCAGUAAACGAUGAAAACAAAGAGGCUGUUCGGGAAGAUGACGGCCGUGUGAAGCAGAUAACUGUUCGUGGUGAGGUUACCGUGAAAAAGGGGAAGGUCGUUGAAUGUUUGAAGAGCAAUCGGGUCCAUGAAGACAACCGUCCUGAGAAGAUGUCCAAACUACUGCAAGUGGAGGCGGUGGCGUCGACGCCUCAUUGGUCUGAGUUCCGUCAGACUGUGCGGUCGCUGCCGGACCUCCAUGUCCACCCCCCCCCUCCCGGUGUCACGGCGGAGGCGGACCGGUGGUCUCCGCCCAGCGCUCCUCUCAGGCUGCUGAGCGUCGACGAGGGGUCCGACUGCACCAGCGUCGCCGGCUCCUCAGACCCGCUGUCUCUCGCCCAAAGCGUCCCCGGCAGCGCCCGCUCAGAUCAGAGGAGGAGGAGGAAGGCGGCACUCAGGGCCCUCAGGUUCCUCAAACAGAACUCGUUCUCCCAGCAUGCCGUGUUUUGUCUCCUGAGCGGUCGGCCGCUGGUCGUCAUCGGCGGGGACGGGAGUUUGGUCAGGAAGCUGGUGGAGGCGCUGAGCCUCUUCCUGCCCGCUCCGGGUCCCGAUGGAACCGCUCUGAUGAUGUGUCUGACCUCGCCGCUCCAGCUGAGCGACCUGCUCACCUGGAGGCUGAUGGGGAUACACAGGUGCUCCUCCAGCUCUUCGGCCAGCAUCGUUCACUCUCUGACUCGCUACAGUCGCUACUUGGCGCUGUUGGAUCUGGACCAGAGGACGCUGCGCUGUCCAUCCUACUCCGGCUCUCUCGUCGGCAGACUGGCCGACCCUCACACCGGCAUCAGCCGAGGCCUCACCUACCUGCUGCACCUGGAGAGCUGCCUGACCGCGCUGGCCCACCGGGCCAUGCUGCACACGUUCAAUCCGGCGUUACGUCAUCCGCACGCCGGCGCAGAAGGAAAGGACUCCCCGUCCACGCCAGUGCCUUGCAGCAGUGAGCACGAUCUGAGAGUGAUGCAUUUCCUGUGUGACCUCAUCAAACGGCGCCACGCGGGACGUGGACCACCGGUUUUGAGGAUCUCGUACAACUCGAUGCACCUGCACAGAAAUACGUAUGCAGCGUAACACUGCACGGACAAAAGAAAACACUCAGUCAUAAAGAAGGUCUAAAAUAAUACCGACCACCAAAUGCAAUGAGCUGCGUCGUCUGAGGAAUCACGCGUUUAUGUUUUUAUCUGCAGUGUUGAACGACUUUUACUGAUUUUUAUUUUUAAUGCCGCGGGUCUCUUUGGAUUACUGUACACAAAUACACUCACACCUCACCGGCACAAAAGACUUUCCCACGCUGGCUCAAUUAAUGAAGUACUUUUAAAAAAUGUUUUAUUCUGGCUUAUAACUGAAUCACAUGAUAACUCUUUGGAAUUUAAGAUAAUUGAGCCACAUAUGAAUACUGGGCAAAAACAACUGUGACAGGUGUGAGAUUGUCAUUUUUUUAGGCUCUUGGUGGUUAUACACGGACUAGUAAUUAUUUACUUUUAUAAACAGCCUCGACUGUAACCGUCAUUUUAACGUUUAACCAGCAUCGCUGCAUGAAAAAAAGGGACUGGUUCUCUCAGGGCUUAUGCCAGCUGUGCAUUUAACUUGAUUGUUCUAUUAAAACAAGGGCAGGUUCAGCCGAACGGCCAAUUGUGAGACAAUGGAGACGGCUCAGCUGUUGACGACGUUGACUCCAUCUGGAGACUUGAGAUGCAGCUCAACGCGCAAGAUGAAAGAGCAUGAUGGGAUACCAUCAAUCACACCAAUCUGCUUCCUUCUGUUUGACACUUUGAUUUGAUUGAUUGAUGCAAAUAUGAGCCAUGUUCAGCAUGUGUGUAUUUACUCUGAAUUGUAAUAUGAGCAAUAAAUACAGCGUCAAAGCAUGAAAA